AGGAAAAAGAAGAAGAAGCGUUUCCGUGUUAGCGGUGUCAGACUGACAUCUCAGCUUGAACCAGAGAACCGAUCAUCUCGUCUCGUCUGUGUUCACCGAACAGAGAUGGAUCGGUACCGAGAGGUGCCGGACGGAGUUCUGGAGCCCGAAACGAAGCUACGAGGAGAAGAUUUGGCCUCCUGAUAUCUGUGGUCUGUUUGUUUCCCGACUUUAAAAAAAACAGAAGCUGCAUCCCUGAGUUCUUUUGGCUCAGACUCCAAAAACCAGCACCUGAUGAUCUCAGUGUUCCUGAAGUUCUACCCUCAGAUGUCCGAAAAGUGAUUGUUGGGGAGGAGGAGGAGCAGCAGCAGUGGAGCCCCAGUCAGCACAUUAAAGAGGAGCAGGAGGAACUGUGGAGCAGUCAGGAGGGAGAGAUCACCAAGCUCACCUUCAGUGCUUUCUCUGUGAAGACUGAGGAUAUUGAAGCGCUUCAUCACAGCCAAGGUGAACAGAUGAAAACUGAAUCUGAUGGAGAGGAACCAAAAAGAAGUUCAGAUCUACAUACUGAAGACAAGGAUUCAGAUUCUUCAGACACUGAAGUCAGUGACGGUGACUGGGAGCAGAAGAGAGAAUCUCCGUCAGGUUUAUUUUCCCUGAAAAAUAAUGAAUGCACUGUAAUCGAUAUUAAUUGCAAUGUGGAGCGAUCCUUCAGCUGCUCCGAGUGUGGUCAGAGGUUUGGUCGCAAGCCACAUCUCAAAGCACACAUGAGGAUUCACACGGGAGAGAAACCAUUCAGCUGCUCGUUUUGUGGUAAAAGAUUUUCUCAGAAGGGAAACUCCAUCAGUCACAUGAGACUUCACACAGGAGAGAAACCAUUCAGCUGCUCCGUCUGUCAGAAGAGCUUCAGAUACAGUGGCGACGUCAGCAGACACAUGAAGAUCCAUACGGGGAAGAAGAAGGUGAACAGCAGGAUCAGAGACACAAACAGCAGUAAUACUGUCAUUGCAUCAGAACCAAGCAAAAACACAGGUCGACAAAGACAUUCAGAACCAGAACCUGACAAAGAACCUGAGACUGCAGCCAGCAACGGCUGCUGGAAAGAAGCCAAAGAGCCCCAAUCAGAUCUAAACUCUCAGCAGACUUAUGAAGUCUCUGUCAGCGAUGGAAGAAACAAUACUGACAGAGAGUCUUUCAGCUGCUCUGAAUGUGGCAGAACUUUCUGCCGCAGAGACCACCUGAUGAGCCACGUGAGGACGCAUACUGGAGAGAAACCGUUCAGCUGCUCUGUCUGUAACAAGCGCUUCAGCUGCAGUGGGAACAUUCUGGCACACAUGAGGAUCCACACUGGCGAGAAACCGUUUGAAUGCUCAUUCUGUGGCAAAAGUUUCAGCCAGAAAGGAACUCUGCAGCUACAUGAAAGAAUUCACACGGGAGAGAAACCAUUCAGCUGCCCUUUCUGUGAGAAGAGAUUUGCACAUAAAAGGAGAAUGACACUGCACAUGUCUGUCCACACCGAGGAAAAACGCUUCAGUUGCAGUGCCUGCGGCAAAAGAUUCACCUGGUACACACAGCUGAAGACCCACAGGUGUGUCGGCGAAUCAUCGCAGCCUCGCCAGAGCCAAUCAGAGAAGAAGGCUUCUCCAAAAGAAUCCUUCAACUGUUCUGACUGCGGGAAAAAAUUCAGUUUGAAGGGCAACCUUAAGACACACAUGAGAAUUCAUACAGGGGAAAAGCCAUUCAGCUGCUCUGUUUGUGGGAAAGGUUUUAAACAAAACGUUCAUCUGACAGAACACAUGACUAUUCACACAGGGGAGAAACUCUACAAAUGCAGCAUCUGCGGGAAGGGAUUCAAUAAGAAACUGCUCUUGAAAAACCACAUGUGUGUUUAACCUUUAAUUCAGUCCACGGAUUUGUAUUUAUGAACAGCGGGGCUGCAGUGUGGCAUCGAAUUCACAGUUCGGCUGAGAAAACAAGAAAAUUGUAGAUAUUUAUGUUUUCAUCAUUUAUUUUAAAAGUUACAAACAUUAGGAGAGCCAUAAAUGUUCCGGUAUCAGUGGAACUGCUGCGUCCUGUCAGUACAAACAUCGUUUUUACAGUGAAACAUCCAAUAGAUACAGCUAAAGAGUCAAACAGUGCUCAGAAUUUUCCUGCAUGCAUUAUCUCAUUGUUAAAUCAUGUUCAGAAAGAUAUUCUAAAUAUACAUCCAGUUAAAAUGACAAACAUCUAGCUGCUGGUUGUGUGUCUAACUCCUCAAACAGCCCAACUGCAGACAAGCUCGACUGUGUUUCAGGUUAAACGGUCACAUAAUGUUGUUUUGACAACAACAGUGGGCACUGAGUGGCGGUUAAAUUUCACAUCAUGUUUCUAACCUGAAGAAGAAGAGUCAGCAGGGUUAUUCCUUAUGAGAUCAGUCAGUCUUCCAUCCUGACCUCCUCAGAAUCAGCGGAUUCUUUAUCUACAAUAACUUUAGUAUUUUCAGUGAACCCAUGUAAAGUUUUACCUUCAUACUAUUAAGUACAUAGAGGUGGGUCCAAAGUUUUUCCCUCUUUUAACUUAUUUCUCCCAGCACUCUUGCAGCAAAUCGGUUUUACAUCCAGUCCAAGUGUCAAAAUCAUAAGACAGCAUCCAGUACAGUCAUAUUUUAACUUUGGUGAAUAUCUUGUGUCUGUGAAAUGCAGAAACAAAUUUAUUGUUGUGUUUUCUGGAACAGUUUAAUCUCAUUACUAAACCAGUUUGCAGCAAUCUGAGCUUGUUUCUGGAUCUUUCAGAUUCUCCUCUGAUAGUACUCGGUUCUGGUUCUGUUAGUUUGUUCUGUUUUCAUCCUCAGACUGUGAAUAGCACAGAUGAUGUGUAAUCUUGGCAUCAACACUUGACUUUUCUAUAGAGCAGAAAAUGACGCAGCAGGAAUUAUUAGGGUGUGAAUUUCUCCAAGAAAUAUAAGCUCAGAUUUUAUUUUUUUUUUAAAAAUACGUCCAUAGUAGAAGACAUUUAUUUCACAGAAUGAAUCAUGUCUAGAAGAUGCUACCUUCAUGGUCUAUAAUUGUUCUACCAGCCACCUACCAACAUGCUGAUAUGAGCCUUGAAGGUUUACCCAGAAUGCACUUUUAAAGGUUUCUCUGGUGAAUUAUCAGAAAACAGAAACACAUCCAGGGUACCAAUGAUUGUUUUUAUGACAUCCCAUAAUACUGAUGAUAGAAGUUAGUUACAGAGAAAAUGACCAGAAAUCAGAAUUAGUGUUUAGACUGUGACACCUGGAUGGAUGUAAAACUGAUCUGGUGUCAGUUUUUACUAGAACUCAGAUGUUUCUCCUCCUAAAUGUCAUGGUUCUAUCUGCUGGACUGAUGAAGUUCUGAGGCUCAGAAAUGAUGGAAAAAAUCCAUCAAAAACUGAUAAAUCUGAACCCACCUCCAUGUGGGUCUGGAUAUAUUCAUAUUAUGAAGGUAGAACUUUGAUUAUUGAAUAAAGUUACUGGAGAUGAAGAACUAGAUGAUUCUGAGGAUGUCAGGUGGAGGUUUUUCAGAUUUGCUUCAUUUUACAUUGAAUGAUUCUCCUUCAUUCUGUUAGAUAAAGCCUGACUCGCCCUUUAAAAAAAAAAGUGUGUUAACUGGUGUUUCUGUCUCAGUUUCUUUCUUCUGUUUGCUGUUUUUCAAAGCUACAAAUAAAGUUGAUGUUGCUAAUCAAAUUCUUCAUUCUCCUCUCCCAGCAUCAUCGUCAUCACAACGCUGUAUCUGUUCUGGCUUUGUUCUCAUUCCUUUUGAUGAAAGUCAGCCAGCUUCAGCCACUGUUCAUUUUUAAAUGUCAUUUUUAUCUGUAAAUUGGUACAACUGCCCUGAAACCUGAUACAUAAAAUCCAUCAACAUGUUUGUUUGUUAAAACUUCGGACAGAUAAUGUGCUGUUGGAACACAAAGUGAAAAUACUCAUGUUUUUAUGUAAAUGUACUUUAGGCAUCAACAGUAAAGUGGAGGUUUAUUGAGGCAGAUAGAAGCUCAGUUUGCCAAGAUUUGAAUCUGGAAAUCUUUGUUAGAGUGAAGCUGCUGCUGCUGGGUUUUAUUUAAUGAAGAGAAGUUAAUUUUUCACAUUGUGGAAAAUGAGAAGUUUUCCUGGUGUGAACGGGAAGAAAAAAACAUGAGGUGAUAAAGUAGCCCUGGAUACGGUGAGUUGUUUACAUGUUGUUAUUUACAGUGUGUUUAGCGUGAGAAAUUUGUGCCAAAAGGAAUUAAUGAGCUAAAAUCUGGUGGACUGAAGGAUUAUUACAGUUUCUUUGGUAAGUUUUCAUUUCAUUUUUGUAAGCUAAUCCAUUGUUAGCUAGCUAGGUAGCUAUGACAUGCAGGAUAUUGGUCACUUUUCGAUGAUAAUGAGCAUCUGAAUGAACUUAAUCUGUCUAAAGAAACUGAUGUGCUCAGACUGGAAUUAAAGAACAGUUCUGUCAACCAGAAAUUAGUUUUGCAUCACUGACUGAAGGGUUUUAAGAAGAGAGGUAAAACUACUGCAACUGAAAGAACUGAACUGAAAGAAAAGUAUUUUUAAAGUUACUGUAAUCUGAUUACUUGGCUUUAGACUGUCAGAACAAAAGGCUUGACUUUCCUUCAUUAUUGAAAUGCUGCAAAUGCUUCAUUUCUGCAGAAUUUUAAAAUGUAGAACACAUGUCACAUCAUUCUAUGAAUUGUUUGGAAGCAGACUGGUCUGACCAGCUUUCUGUAGUUUAUGAGAAAAAUAGGUUUAAAGUGUUGUGUUUUAAAGAAUGGUCUAACAUUGGAAGCACCACUAACACUAUAUAUGGAUUGUGGGUUAGACCACUAAAAUCUAGACCAUAAAAUAUUACAGAAAUGAUAUAAAACUCAGUUUGGAUCUUUUGUGGGUUCGACCACUCUACUUCUCACCCCCUUUUAUGGGGGCUACAAGAAAUGUGUAUUUCUUAAUUUGAUAAAUCAGUGGGAUUUUAGUCGUGCAGAACUCCAGACCUUGUUUUGAGAAAUACGCAUUGAACACAGGUAGCUACCGCACAAGUUACUGUGGUUGCAAAUGUUACCAUUUCCUCCUCAUUGACUCUCCACGUGUGAAACAGUCAGUUUAACUUACCUUGUUCCAAUGACAAAACAAUUUACAGUCGAUUAUGUUAAAAACACAGACAAUGCCUGAUUGUUUCAGUGUCAUUGUAUUCAGGACUGAUGUCAAAUUGUUAGUGUUUGAAGGUGUGACUUCAAAACGAGUUUAAAUGUUUCAUA